AUGGCGACCGAGCUGCUGUCGCCGCUCCUCCCGCAGGGUCGGCGCGGGCUCGCUGUCGUCGUGGCCGCGCCCCUGCUCGCGCUCCUCCUGGCCGUUGUCGGCUUCUCCCGCUCUCCGGUGGCGGCACCAAUUAUGAGCCCUCCGGAGCUCGUCGACCUGACACUCCUCGCCGGCGCUCAGGAGAAGGGAGCGGUGUGCUUGGAUGGGAGUCCGCCUGGUUACCACCUGCGGAGAGGAUUUGGUUCCGGAGCUCACAGCUGGCUCGUCUUUCUUGAGGGAGGAGGUUGGUGCAACACCACACAGAGUUGUUCCGAGCGCAAAAUGACCAACUUCGGUUCAUCUAAGUAUAUGACAGCAGUAAACUUCAAUGGGAUACUCAGCAAUGAUCACAUAGAAAAUCCUGAUUUCUACAACUGGAAUAUAGCCGUUAUAAGGUACUGCGAUGGAGGAUCAUUUGCUGGGGAUGCAGAGGAUGGAACCAAACUUUUCUUCAGAGGAUUGCGCAUCUGGGAAGCAGUUGUGGAUGAACUCAUGGGAAAAGGAAUGGAUGGUGCUAAACAGGCCUUGCUUACAGGCUGUUCUGCUGGUUCUCUAGCUGCACUACUGCACUGUGAUAAUUUCCGUGGGCGGUUUCCUCAUGAAGUUUCAGUUAAAUGCCUUUCUGAUGCUGGAUUUUUUAUUGACGAGAAGGAUUUAUCUGGAGAAAGGUCCAUGCGGUCGCUCAUCAGUGGAGCAGUUCACCUUCAGAAUGUUAGAGAAGUUCUACCCAACAACUGCCUCCAAAAGAAGGAUCCAACAGAGUGUUUCUUUCCUGCUGAACUGAUUAAGGACAUCAUCACCCCAACAUACGAAACAUUCUCGCACCAAAUGGAUCCUAUCCUGGUCAGGCAUGAUCUAGUUGCAAAGCAGAUAUCCGGAACUGCAGCUGCACACAAAUUGAUGUACUACAUGAUUUUCAUUCCUCGUGUUGCAGGAUUCAAGAAGAAAUUAGUCAGUGAAUUGAAGAUUGCUGAAGAUAACAAGGACUGGGGGCUGUUCAUUGAUUCAUGCUUUACCCACUGUCAAACACCAUUCAAUAUCACAUGGCAUUCACCGAUCUCACCAAGACUUGGUGACAAGAGGCUGUUGGGGAUUGGUAUUUUGGUAGAAGGCGAGGCGUGA